UCUCUCUCUCUCUCACAAAAAGCACUUAACUUUGCCUUGCCAAUGACCAAUGACGGGUGUGGGGAUCAAAAUGGCGAUGGCCUCAAUAGCUAUGAUGUGGUACACGUGUCAGGCGGACAGCAACCUCCAUCCUCUAAUUCUGGUGCCUGGAAGUGGCGGGAACCAACUGGAAGCGAGGUUAACCAGAGACUACAAACCCUCAAGCUUCUUCUGCAACCGGUGGAACCCAAUUAGUAAGGACAAGAAUGGUUGGUUCAGGCUCUGGUUUGACCCAAGCGUCCUCUUAGCCCCAUUCACCAAGUGCUUUUGUGAGCGCAUGAUGCUCUACUAUGACCCCGACUUGGAUGAUUACCGAAAUGCCCCUGGUGUUGAGACCAGAGUCCCUCACUUUGGUGGAACCCAAGCUCUGCUCUACCUUGAUCCACAUCUCAAGCACAUUACAGCUUAUAUGUCAUCCCUUGUAGAAUCUCUUGCAGAAAUUGGGUAUGUUGAUGGCAAAACCCUCUUUGGAGCCCCCUACGAUUUUCGUUAUGGCUUAGCAGCAGCAGGUCACCCCUCUCAAGUUGGUUCGAAGUUCCUUCAAGAUCUGAAAAGUCUAAUAGAAGAAGCAAGCACUUCUAAUGGUGACAAGCCAGUAAUACUUCUCUCCCACAGCUUAGGAGGCCUAUUUGUCCUUCAACUGCUUAACCGAAACCCGCUUCCCUGGCGCCAAAAGUAUAUCAAACACUUUAUUGCAUUGUCCGCGCCAUGGGGUGGCACAGUCCAGGAAAUGCUCACUUUUGCUUCGGGAAAUUCCCUCGGAGUACCCUUAGUUGAUCCAUUGUUAGUAAGAGCAGAGCAAAGGAGUUCUGACAGUAACUUAUGGCUCAUGCCCUCUCCUAAACUAUUUGGUCAUAAACCACUUGCUGUCACACCAAAUGUUACAUAUUCAGCAUAUGAUAUUCCCCAGUUUCUUGAAGAUAUUGGUUUCCACGAAGGAGUCCGGCCUUAUAAAUCUCGAAUUUUGCCUUUGAUGGAACAUCUACUAGCUCCCGAAGUGCCCAUUACAUGUAUAAUUGGGAGUGGCGUUACGACGCCAGAGAGUUUGUUUUUUGGAGAAUGCGGGUUUGAUAAGCAGCCGGAGAUAGUGUAUGGGGAUGGCGAUGGUACGGUGAAUAUGGUGAGCUUGUUGGCUGUUGAAUCAGAAUGGGGUGAGAAUAGAAAUCAAACCCUUACGGUGAUUAGAAUACCUGGGGUUUCUCAUACUUCCAUACUGGAAGAUGAUACUGCACUACGUGAAAUAGUUGGAGAACUUCAAUGUAUUAAUUCUGACAUUAUGAGAACAGUUGGUUCAAGGACUUCAUAAACGCUAGGGGCUGUCUAGUUGUAGCAAUCUACAAUCAUCUUUUGUGAUGACAAUGAUCCGGGUUUCUAAUGCAACAUGGUUUCUUUGAAGGUUGCUUUCCUUCCAGUUAAAAAAGAAGUAGCUUUUCUUAAUUUGCACUACGGUGUUAGAGGUGAAGGUGGGUAUAACGCAAUAAUAAGCUUGCUGGUGGGUUUAACACAAUAGUGAGUUUGCUCGGUUGUGAUUUGUGCAUUAG